AUUUUGGCGCUAAAAAGUAAAUACAGGUUGUUUUAUUUGAUUGUCGUGAAUUCGUGAUAGGUUUACUAAAACCACAUGAAGUAAUUAUAUAAAAUUAAUAUUAUAACAAAAAUAUUCUUGAAUAUGUCAAACAUAAAGAAUAUAACGACUGUGGCUCGUUCACUGAACAAACGCCCAUUUCGAGUUUCUAUUGAAGGUAAUAUAGGAUCGGGAAAAUCGACGUGUAUAAAACAUUUUGAGAAAUACAGUAUCGUGGAAACACACCCAGAGCCAAUACAAGAAUGGCGCAAUGUUAGCGGUCACAACUUGCUCGGUUUGUUAUAUAGUGAUCUAAACAAAUGGAGCUUUGCAUUUCAACACUAUGUGCACCUCAGCCGUUUAAAAAUUCAAACCAGUCCACCGUCUAACCCAAAUGUUACUGUGAAGAUGUUUGAAAGGUCAGUACAAAACAGCAGGUACUGUUUUGUAGAAAAUGCUAAAAAACAGAAUUUUCUUCAUGACCCACAAUACCAAGUUCUUCUUACUUGGUUUGACUAUACUGAAAAGAAUUUAGACAUUAGCUUGGAUUUAAUAGUAUAUUUGCGGACAACACCUGAAGUGGUGUGGGAAAGAAUGAUGAACAGAGGCAGGGCUGAGGAAUCUGAAGUACCUUUGGAAUAUUUACAACAAGUGCACGAAUCAUAUGAGAAUUGGUUAAGUUUCCCCGAUGUAGGCUGUGAAGUGUUGACAAUUGAUGCUAAUCGAGACAUUCAAUAUGUGAUUGAGGACUUACGAAGAUAUACAUAUAAGAUAUUGGGUGGUAACCAUACUAACUAGAAAAAUGUAGAAAACAAUUGGGCUUUUUAUUCAGGGUGUUUAGCGGAAUGCUUUAUGUGUUAACUGCAUAGAAACAGAUUUACUAUUGUUUCAUAUUGUAUUAUUAGACUAAGAUGCCACUGUUUGAUUCUGUAAAUGUCUUUUUUAUCAAUGAUUACUGAUUUAUGUUUUGUUAAACGAUUUUACAUCCAGUAAAUAAUGUAAACAAUUGAAAAAUUAUUAACAUAUAUUAAUAGGGUUGCCAGGUGUAUCAGGAACAUUUUUCUCAAUUAUUCAGUAUUUAAAUGUAUUAUUGAAUAAAGUUUUAAAAUGGUGCAGUAGGAUCCUGUACUUACUGAUAUGAUAAUAAUCACCCAGUCUAGUACAGGAAAAGUUAUGACAAACAAAAGAAAGAUUUUCAUAGAAUGUUCUCUAUACUGACAGUUGCCGAGUGCUUUAUAAGAUACCAAAGUUAUUUUAAUUUCUGAUCAUUAUUUAGAUAUGAUGACAGAGUGGGAAGCUCUCAAAGUUCAGUAUAUAUUUAAGAGAGGUUCAACAGUGAUGUACCAUGGAGUUUACACUGUAUGAAUAGUAAGAUCUAGAAAAAAUUCAACGAAGGCUUCUUUCAAGUGUGAAAACAAAAGAAGUUCUAAUAAAGUAUUUUUACUAAUAGAAAAAAGAUAUUAUAUGUAAAAGUCUGACAUUACUAAGAAACAUAUUCAUCACAAAAGAUAUUUGUAUACAGUUAUUCAGAUUAUACUAUCUAGGUUAUUAAAACUGACUACAGCUUAAAUUUUUUAUGUAAGUUUUAUUUUUGCAUUGUAUUUACUGAUGGUCUGAUUUAUAUUAAGUAGAAAGAAUAUCAUUUGUGCCAAAUAAUAUAAUUUUAUAAAAUACCUAUAAAUGUUGUAUUGGAAUCAGGUUUUCUUAACAUUUUACGUAUUUAGGUAAUUAGUAUUUAUUUAAUAUUUGUAAGUCUUCUUUAAAACCAAUCUCCCGGGUUCGAUUCCCAGCAAAAUAUUUUUUUUCUCUUUACUGCCUGAUCUCAAGUUACCUAUAAAGAAUGAUGAAUAAUAAAUCGGACGCAUGCCUCAUGUUCUGUUGUAGGGUAUUGCAAAUUCACAUUAUUUUAUAUAAAACCGCCUCAUUACGCUAAGCCACAUUAAAAACUAUUAAAUUAAGUCUAUGUUUAUAUUUUUACUACGGGUUAGCCACCAAUGUUACUACAUAGAAUAAGAAACAAAUUUAGUUAAAAUAAUAAAUAAUUUGGAACCGG